UGUUUAGAAAAAGGUAGAAAACUAUACGGUAUCAGCGGUAUCGGUAGUAAAAAGGUGAUUGUAAAGAACCGGAACGAUUUAGGUAAAAAUCGGUUCAUCAACCGGCAACAAUGACUUGCACCGGCAAAGAAGGAAGUUUCCUCAUCUAUCGGGGCAGUAAUUUUUUCAAACAACGCCUAAUACUGUCCACGCUCAGCGGAAAGCCAAUCACGAUUCGUGACAUUCGCGUGCUGGACGAGGAAGGUCCUGGCCUGCGUGAGUACGAAAGUAAUCUGCUAAAGCUGCUGGACCGGAUAACGAAUGGAACACGAAUUCGAAUCGAACAGGAUGGAACUUCGGUUAGUUAUCAACCGGGAUUGUUGCACGGUGGUGAAAUUCAGCACGAGUGCUGUGUCGAGCGAGGGAUUGGAUACUAUCUGGAUGUGCUGGUGGCGUUGGGACCGUUUUGUAAGUUACCACUGGAUGUGACACUAACCGGGGUGACCAACAGCGUCGAGAGCCCAUCGGUGGAUCAUAUUAAGGCGUCCGCGUUUGCCACGCUGAAGCGUUUUUUGAUUGAUGAUGAGGGGUUGAGUUUGGUGGUGAGGAAGCGCGGGCUGAUGCCCGCCGGUGGCGGUGAGGUUGGCUUCACCUGUCCGGUGAAGAAAACCCUGAAGGCAAUCCAGUGUACGAAGCAAACGAUGGUGAAGAGGAUUCGUGGCAUGGCCUACUGCUGUAAGGUUUCGCCGGCGAUGGCAAAUCGAGCGGUUGAAUCGGCGAAGGGAGUGAUGUUGAAUUUUUUGCCAGAUGUUUAUAUUAAUACGGAUCAACAUAAGGGCAAGCGGUCCGGUAAUAGUCCCGGGUUUGGAGUUAAUUUGGUAGCGGAGACGACCGAUGGGACUAAAUUUUCGGCCGAGGUUGUUUCGAAAACGAUGCAAGCGGGUGGAAACCCAACGGUGCCGGAGGAUCUUGGCAGGGAUGCAGCCAUGCGGCUGCUGGAUGAGGUGUAUCGAGGUGGUUGCGUGGACUCCACCUUCCAGUGGAUGGCGGCACUGUUUAUGGCGCUCGGGCAGAAGGAUGUUUCGAAGUUUCUGGUUGGACCACUGUCACAGUACACGAUAUACUUCCUGCAGCAUUUGCGGGAAUUUUUCGGAAUUACAUUCAAGUUGGAGAAUGCUUCCGGGGAAAACGAGAACGACGAUGACGAUGAUGAUGAAAUGGCCGGUUCGAAUAAGGUUAUGCUGACUUGCGUCGGGAUCGGAUACAGUAAUUACAGUAAGAAAGUGACGUGAGAGGUUUUUAAUAAAUUUUCCAAAAUUUA